AUGGAAGAUCUGGAAUCGAGCAAGAAACCCAUCGUCUCCCUCCAUAUGGCCUUCAAUCAAUGCGUGAUCUUAACUACGCGCCCGACUCUACUACACCUCCUGAUGACACUAAGCAAAAAGAACAAAUCCCACCCCAACGCUGUCAAUAAUACCAGCAAGAUCGGGAUCGGGAUCCGGACCGAAAACGAAGACGAAGACGUAUCAGUCUCCCAGCCCGUCCUUACUCUAAGCGAAGCAUGUAUCCAUGCAGCGCGACACUCUCAUUCGAUGAUCCUGACACGGUGGAUCAACGGAUCCAUGCCGACUUUUGGCUAUUUUCACGCCCACUACCUCUUUUCCUCGGCGUUGAUCUUGGCAAUGUCCAGCUUUGUCCCGAUCGGCAGUCCGACGGAUAUGACGGGGUUCGACUCAGCGCUAGAUCUGUUACGCUCCAUGACCGAGAACGGAAAUCUGGCUGCGGCGGAAUUUUAUCAUAACCUCGAGCAGGUGAAGGUCUGUUUGGCUGCGUAUCGGGGAGUGAGGCGAGGCGAGGGGAGUAAUGAGUUGGCUGCUAGUGGGGGAGUGGCGCUUAAUACCAACGCUAAUGCUAGUGGUCAUGUUCCUUCUGGCGUCGGUGCACAAGCGUCUGGGCCUUCGUCGGAUUUAGCAACAGCUACCUCUCCAUUUUUGGACACCUUGCCACUGAACCCAUCGACAUCUAUACCCCAACCGUCGUUACCGCCGACAACACAUGAUAUUCUUGCUUCUACCACUACCCAGCCUGUCCACAGUCAUGGCAUCGAUGCAUAUGCCUAUCCAUUGAGGGAUAGCGUCAGCGGGUACACGACCGAGAUGGCGUUUUUAGAGCCGACCAUGCAGGAUUUCUUGGCGCAGUCAGAUAUCGACCUUGGGCUGUUGCAUCCUGUUGAUACGUUUUUCAACGAGGCGGAGAAUUUAUAUACAUGUCAUGAGAUUUGA